GACCAUUGCUUGUGAGAUGGUGAAUGAUGAAGUUUCAGAUGUUGUAAAAAAAAAUAGAUACAUUCUUCUUUUAGGGGAGCAGAUGUACAACAGGCUGAAGUCACAUUCAGGAAGAAAUAACUAUGUUAAACAAAAAAUGAGGGAAGUAGCAAGGCUUCUCAUCACUGCCAGAUCACUGACACCCAUUCAUAAUAUAGAGGACUUCAUCCAACCCUGCAAUUUUUCUCAUGUUAUAAAAGCAGUAAGAGCAGUCGCUGGAUUCAGUGAGGAGACAAACACCUACAAGAUACCAUCACUGGCACUGAAGCUUGGACACAGCUUGGUGAAGAUUGCCAACUCGGUGGAAUGCAAUGCACUGAUGUCAGGACGCGAAGCCGUUGCAGAGUGUGCACGAAAUUUCAGACGUUUGUAUGAAAGCAAGUGGAAUGAUGUAGUGUCUGCAGCUGCACUGACUACUCUGGGUGAAGCUAAAUGGAAUAAGCCACAAGUCCUGCCAUUUACAGAGGAUGUCAGAACACUGCACACAUUUCUAUACUCAAAACAGCAAGAGUUUGUGAACGCCCUACAAGACAAACCUACUAGCAAAAACUUUGCCAAUCUUUGCAAAGUAAUGCUGACACAGAUCGUCAUUUUUAACAGAAGAAGAGAGGGUGAAGUGUCCAAGAUGGAAAUCCAGUCUUACACGUCUAGAGAUCAAACACCAAUGCACAAAGAUAUCGCAGCUGGGCUCAGUGACUUUGAGAAAAAGCUUUGUAGUUAUUUUCAAAGAGUGGAAAUACGUGGUAAGAGAGGGAGAAAAGUACCAGUGUUGCUGACCCCUGAUAUGGUUGUGGCUGUGGAUUUCCUUAUAAGAAUGAGAGAAAGGUGUCAAGUUCCUGUUGAAAACAAGCAUUUAUUUGCUCGUCCAGGUGCUCUGUCUCACUAUCGGGGUGCAGACUGCAUUCGCCUGUAUGCCAAAGAAAGUGGAGCAAAGCAUCCAGAAGCCCUUUGCUCAACAAAGCUACGUAAGCAAGUUGCCACGUUGUCCACAGUAUUAAACCUUAAAGACAAUGAGAUGGAUCAAUUAGCCAACUUCCUUGGCCAUGAUAUUAGAGUUCAUCGGGAGUUCUACCGCCUCCCUGAAAGCACUUUACAGCUUGCAAAGAUUAGCAAGGUCUUAAUUGCUAUGGAAAAAGGGAGACUGCCCGAACUCCAGGGCAAAGGAUUAGAUGGCAUAACAAUAGAUCCUCAAGAUGAAAUGGAUGUCUCCAGCAACAGUUCCAGUGAUGAGGCAGAACUGCAAACUUCAAGUUGCAGAAGUCAAGAGAAUGAGGAUCAUAUGAAUGCAGGCAACCUGCAAGACGAGGGACCUCAAGAUGAGGGACUCGAGGUGUCUUCAAAGAAAAAGGCAAAAAUGGGCUCCCAGAAAGCACAUGUGGGUAGACCUAAAUCCCCCUCCAUUGUAGACUUGGAUGUUGCCCAUCUCAAACCAGGUAACUGUUUGAGAUUAUGAGA